GAGAUUCUGAAAACAGGGAGGUUUUUACUUCAUGCUAUGCCACUAACGGACCUCCAAGACGUGAUUAGCACCCAAUUAAGCUUAUGCUUUAGAAAUAGAAAAAAAAGUGCAAAGUCUUCCUCCAAUCUUUUCCUCUCACUAACAAACGGCACUUCUCUCUCUCUUCCUGUUACACCAACCAUGAGCAUACCAGUUGUUUCUUCUUCUUCCAAAGAAAUAAAAAGCAUCCUACACUUGUACCAAUAUUCUGAUACAUUCCUUCAUUUACACUCUUAAUCCCAAUUAUUAGAAAUGAAAGUGAAAGCAUUACAUUGCUUCAAGUCCAAGCUUCUCAAACCAUGCAAAAGAUUCUUCCCAACUUUUAAAUUCAAGCUGAAGAAACCUCUCUUUAUAAGAGACUUUCACCUUCGUCCUCGCCAAACCACCCAAACCAAAGGUCAAAACCCUUCAAAAAAUCCACUUUCGGGGUUACUAGCGGCUUUGUGUUCUUGUCUUGAGCCAAAAGAGAUGAACAGAAUAGUAGAGCUUAAGAGUUUCUCGGGGACAAAUGAGUUGGAGAGGCUAGUUCAGCUCAAGAGUUUCUCUGAUAGAGCAUCUGAUACUAUGCCUUCUCCGUCUCAUCUUAUGCCAGCUUACGUGAAACCUAGGAGCCGGGCUGGUAAAAGGGAACCAGCUUUGGGUGUAGAAGACGUGGAAGAUGCAUGCAGGAGUUUCGAGAAUUAUUUGGUGGAGAUGAUUAUAGAAGAAGGGAAAGUAGAGGAUUUGAUGGACGUGGAAGAGCUUCUGUAUUGCUGGAAAAGCCUUAAGUGUUCUGUCUUCAUUGAUUUGGUAUGUAGAUUCUAUGGAGAGCUAUGCAAGGACUUGUUUUCUGCUGACAGGGAUGGAGUUAACAGUCCCUAGUGAUCCUGCAUUUCAACUUCAUUUUUUUCACUCAUUUUUCUUGCAAAGGCACUUUUUUCUUUUUGAGUUUCUUCCUCCCACUCAUGUCUGACACUUAUUUUUAAAAUGAUAAGAAUACGAUUUCAUGAUGAAAUCAAAAGAAAAAUCUAACCCUCUUUGUCUUUUUUU